AUGGCGCAGCCGUGCUGGAUCGAGCUUCCGCCUAAGCGCGCUCAGCAUGUCAGUUUUACUGAGCCGCUCAUCAAGUUUGUGGCCAAUGAGUACCAGCAAGAUCCCGCCACGCUCAAGGAGGCAGUUCAAGAACUGACCGACCUUCGUGAUGCUUGCGUGGUCCGACCCGCGGAGCGCCACGAAUCAGGCCUCAAAGCCAUCAACAAGUACUACGGCCGCCUCUGCGCCUUGUCCAAGCGCUUUCCAUUCCGCACCUCGGAACCCUGGAGUGGCACGCCGCCACCCCCCAUUGGCAUCAAGUUUGCUUGGGACGAUUUGUUUGCAGCCAACUCACUCUUCUCUCGGAGCAAGACAGUUGCCUUGGAGGAUGUAAAUUAUGAGAAGAUUUGCGUUCUCUUUUGCAUCGCCGCUCUGCAAAGCCAGAUUGGCGCCAUUAGCAACUACAACUCUGACGAAGGCCUCAAAACUGCCGCCAAAAACUUUCAGGGAGCCGCCUCCAUUUUUCGAGCAGCUGCCUCAGAGGUCCAUCGCUACUACACCACCACGCCCAGCAACGACAUCAACAGUACACUGCUCAACGCGCUCCACCUUGUCAUGCUGGCCCAAGCACAAGAAGUUGUUUGGCGCAAGUGCGUCCUAGAGAACCGCAAAGACCAACUGGUGGCCAAGGUUGCCAAGCAGGCUGCCGUGUACUACGAGGAUGCAUUCAAGACGCUCAAAGAGCUGGCCAAUCUCAACAAGGAUUGGGUUCAGCUGUGCAACGUCAAGUACCUUUACUUUGAAGCCGAAGCUCAUUUUCGACAAGGCCUCUUUGAGGAUACCCAAGACAAGCAGGGUCAAGCCCUAGCACGUUACCAAGCUGCUCUUCGCGCGAUUCAAGAAGCCGACCGGCUUGCCGCCAAUAUGAAAUUUGAUGUCAAACGGGUCAUGGCCACCAUCUCGGCCAAGCUCAAGACGGCCGAGAAAGAGAACAGCACCAUUUACUUACAAGUGGUGCCCAGCCCCGACACGUUGCCGUUCGUGGAGCGACAGAACCUUGUCAGUGCCGAACGCUCCUUGCCAGACUUUAUGUCAAAGGACAUCAUGGGAGACGACCCCUUUGUCGCGGUGGUGCCCCUGGCUGUGCAUCAAGCUCGCAAGCGAUAUGAAGAUCGGCGGGACGAGCACGUGGCGCAGCAUAUCAAUCAGUUGCGCCAGGUGACUGCAGCCUGUGUCGACGAUCUCAGGGCCAUGAACCUUCCCGGGGCGCUGCAGGUGCAGGAGAGCGGUGAUGCCGUGCCCGAGACGUUGCUGGCGCAUUGUCAGGAAGUUCAGGCAGCAGGCGGCGUGCAAUGGGUUGAAGAUAAAAUUAAGAAUUUGCCGUCCCUCAGUCAAAUGUGCCAAGACAUGUUGGACGAAGCGCGCUCGUCUCUGGAUCGUGAGAAGAGCGAGGAUGAGCGAUAUCGUCAACAGUAUGGCGCUAAAUACACGCUCGAGCCCUCGGAUCGCAUUGCCGACCCCACUCGUAAGGAGGUGGAAAAGUUUGCAACCAUUCUGCAGCGCUCGCGUUCUCGCGACGAGGAGGUUGUCUCCAAAUAUGCCAGCAUCAAACCUGGCAUCUUGGUGAUGUGCAAGUCUCCCGAUGAGCUUCAACAGAUUCUACCAAAGGAUUCACCUGGGAGCCAACAGGCCAGCAAUGGUACAACGAGCACGCUGCGAGAGUUGCUGAGCAAAUUGGAUGAGCUGCGCACAGCUCGUGAUGGCAUGGAAGCCGAGUUUGAAACUGCAAAGGCGGAGGACGAUAUUUCUGGUCUGUUGUUGGAGCGUGGUGCCGAUGUUGUCGAGGAGAUGGCCUUUCAGGAGCAGCUGCAACGCUACAAGCCUCUGGAGGCCCGAGUCGAACAGCUCGUUGUGGAGACCAACACCGUUAUGGCACGCACCAAGGAAGCCUUCCAGGCCUUUGCUGGUGAGCGAGGCAUGCAAACCAGUGAGCGACAGGACAUGCUGUCUGAUCUUGAAGCCAAGUAUCAGGGAUGGAUGGAGCUUCGGGCGCAUCUCACCGAGGGUGAGAAGUUUUACACCAACCUGGCAGGCUUGUUGGAGCGCCAGCAGACGAAGGUGCAGGACUUUGUGCUAGCACGCCAGCUUGAAGCCAAGGAUUUUGUUUCAUCUCUUUCCCGCAACAUUGCGGCAACACCAUCGGAAAACUACGGUUCGAGUGGUCCUGCCUUCUCUUCUGGCUCGACAAGUCAACCUCCAGCUGCCAGUGCACCGCCAUCCCAACAGCAGCCAUACACGGCCCACGGAGGUUAUCCGCAGCAACAGCAACAGCAACAACAACCGCCGCAAUCGCAACCGCGACCUGCUGUUGGUGGGUAUGGGGCAAGUGCUCCUCCACCAUCUUACGGUGGUUACCCAGCAGCACAGCCUCAAGCGCCCUACCCCCCACACGGAGCGCAGCAGGGACAGCAGCCGUACUGGCAACCCGCGCCCUCGGCGCAGCAGCAGUACGGUGGCUAUGCGCCUCAACCUGGGAUGCCCCAGUCGUACGGCGGCGCGCCGCCACCAGCCUAUCAAUCAGGCUCGUACGGCGCUCCUUACGGGCAGCCACCACAGGGUGGUCCGUAUGGAGGAUAUCCUGCCCCAGCAUCGCAGCAGCCACAUCAACAGCAACCUCCCUACGGAUAUGGUGCGCCUCCUCCAGGCCCUUACGGCGGUCAAGGUGGGGGAUAUCAUUCUUCGGCAUAGAGAGAUGCAGUUGGUACCCAGCCUCAUGUUGACACCAAAAGCUGUGUUGGGUGAAAGAGCUUACCCAUGUCUAGCUAUCAGGCUGUGCGAUCAACCGAAUGUUGCAUUGUGAGCCUAAUCUUUCUGCAGGCUACUGCGUUAAAUUUUUGUUUAUGCUCCGCACUUUGUCAGUUCUUGGUAACCAAACCGGUCGUCUGAGUUUGAGAAAGAUACGUGCAAGGAGUGAGGGGGUUCAAUUAUAAAAUCGACAUGAUUCGUU